CAGACCUUUAUUCCCAGCCUGAUGGCACAGGCUGAGGUCCUGGCCAGACUCUAGAAAGAGACCAGAUGCUCCAUCUGUCUGGAUGACAGGACAAAACCAGUCACCAUCAAGUGCGAACACAACUUCUGUCAGGCUGCAUCAAAGACUGCUGGGCAAAGCAUCCAGCUAUGUUCUCCUGUCCUGUCUGCCAACACCAGUGCCAACACAGGACCCUCAGAAGCAAUGCCCAGCUGCUCCAAGAGGAGCAAAAGCAAGAUGCAGGAACCCAGCACCAGUUGCGAGAAGCAUAACCAGUUCUUCAGCGUCUUCUGUGAGGAUGACCUGCAGCUGCUGCGUGACCAGUGCGCCAAGUCUGAGAGCCACAGGUACUAUGAGGUGACACCCAGUACAGAGGCUGCCUCUCUCUGCAGGAAAAACCUUCAGGGCUACAUCAAUAUCCUGAAGCGGCAAGUGGAAGAGGUUCAAGAGUUAAUAAGCAGGCAAAAUAGAAUAACGCUGGCCCAGAGGGAGCAAGCAGAAGCGUAGAGGUCGGAACUAACUUCUAAGUUUGAGCAGCUCCUCCGGUUUCUGCAUUGUGAAGAGCAGGCAGCAUUCUCCGGGUUAGAGGAGGAGGAGGAGAAGAAAGAGAAGAAAUUGUUUGGUAACAUAGCACCAUUAGAAUGCUAUGGUUCCGUGCUCAGAGACCUCCUGAGCCAGGUGAUGCUGACUGGAGGGCUCUCCGAAGCUAAGGUGCUGUUCACGGUCAAGGAUUUUUACCUGAAGGCUAUGAGUCAUCAGCCCAACCAUUUUCCCAUUCAGUUAAGAGAAGCAUACAACUUCCCUCUCCAAUAUUCCGCCCUAUGGAAGGUUAUACAACAAUUUACAGACCAUGUUACUCUAGACCC